AAAGCAAUUGUCAUGUAGGACAAGGAGAAGCAGCCCAGAGGUCACCCACUAUCCCUUUGCCUGCCCUAUGCGACGGACCCCAAACUGGGCAAUGGUCCCUACUCUGAAAUGCAGGGUGUAUUGACGUCAAACACAAAAACACACCAGUAUGUAGGUGAUAAGGUCAGGACACAAAAGGUUUACCAAAGAACAGACCUGGGAGCAAAGAAAAGUAAACAGCAAGCAGACAAACAAACAAAAAGAGCAAGAGUAUCGAUGCUCAGAUUCCCAUCCUUGUCAUGAGCUGAAACGAAGUUGGUCACUACUCUGGUCGGUAUUCCCAAACAUCGAAGAACUAGGAAGGAAUAAAAAAAGUCAGUACUGGAGAUACCCCACAGGAUCACGGAAGGCAUCACAAGAGGCAUAGAUAUACAUGGACCUGGAAACAGAUGUCCAAGAUGCCUUCUUCAAACUGGAAUAAAGAACAAUACGAUACUCUGUCAUUCACAUCACUCCAGCAUAGGCCCUUCAUUAAACCUUUUAUCGUAGUAAUUACAGAUGCGGCUUAUGAAGACGUCAACUAUAUUGCCACCGCUAUAAAACCCAAUAAUCCAGUUCCACCACCUACGGGAUCCAAUAGAACAUCAAGUGCAGGAGUGUUCCUCAUCCAGCACGUGGGUCUUAUCAUCUUGGGUUCAGCUCUCUCUGGAGGCGCCAUCUUAUACACAUUGUUUCAAGCACGAUGGGAGGGGAAGCGAGCUAACCCUGCUCCAGUGCCGCCUGCCUUCUGACCUCUUGCUACGUGACCUGACCUUGCUACAGUGCCACCCGCCCUGACCUCCUGCCAGUCUUGACUUUGUGUUUGCCUCAUCCUCUUGCCACAUUAUACCUCGGCUGCCUGUGGUGACGAGUCAUAUCAGGGGUAGCGACCUGGGUGCCCCCUGCUGCAGAAAUUCCACCCGCUUUGCAGCGUGCUCUGGUGAAUACCAGCGGCACCUUAGACUCUGCUCCCUGGUAUGGCCCAAGUCAUCAUUCUCACAGUACGGUACCAUAGUACCAUCACUAUGCUGAACAAUUGUGACUACCAGUUUGGGAGCACAACGAAAGUAAAUUAAACCUCACCCAGCUCAUUUACAUUGUGAUUAAGUCGGAAAAAAAGGAGGAGAGCGACGGCGAGCUGCGGUUAUAAAUACAACCUGGAUAUUACCUGCCGUCAUUCCAUGACUACCUGGUCCGAGCGCAGAGCCUGAAUCACUCACAACAAGGGAGCCAUGACAGAUUUGCAAGUGAACAGUUGUGAGUGGUAUCUCUCUACUAAUAAGGCUAACCAUCACACCGAUGCCUUCGACAACCAUGAACUCAUCCUCCGGAGAGGUCAACCUAUCACCAUCACUCUGAACUUCAACCGACCUCUCCAAUCCGGAGAGAAUGUUAUGUUCAUCACUGAAACUGGUCAAUCUCCGUCAGAAGAAAACAAAACAAGAAAUACCUUUCCACUUUUUGGAAACGGCAACCAGAAGUCAUGGAGCUCCGUCCUUAUAUCCAGUAACGCUAACACCCUGACGGUGGCCAUAAAUAGUCCUCCCGAUGCCGUCAUUGGGUAUUAUAUCCUUAGUGUCUCGAAGAAUACCAGCAGCACCCAAGAAGUGUCUCCACAACCAAUCGGUGGACUCUACUUGCUCUUCAACCCCUGGCUACACGAUGACGACGUGUUUCUAGCGGAUGAGAAUGAGCGGCAAGAAUAUGUUCUCAAUGAAAGAGGGGUGAUAUUUUCGGGGAGCGACAACGACAUGAUGGCUAUGACCUGGAACUACAAUCAGUUUGAGAAGAAUAUACUAGAAAUCUGCUUUGCUAUAUUGGAUCGAAGUAUCAAUUACCAAGUAGAUCCACAGUCAGAUGUUGCCCAGAGGAAUGACCCCCUAUAUGUGUGCAGGGUGCUCAAUGCCACGCUGAACAGUAAAGAUGAAAACGGCGUCCUUGUGGAGAACUGGAGUGGAUACUACGAUGAUGGUGUGAGCCCCACCAGCUGGAACGGAAGUUCUGUUAUAUUGAACAACUGGUACUUCAGGGGUCACAAACCGGUGAAAUAUGGCCAGUGCUGGGUGUACGGUGGAGUGCUCUGUACAGUGCUGCGAUGUUUGGGAAUACCAGCGCGCGUCGUCACCAACUUCAACUCAGCCCAAGACAAGAACGGGAAUCUUUACAUUGACUACCUAUACGACACCAACGGAUCGAGCAGUGAACACAUGCAGGACCUCAUUUGGAACUUCCACGUCUGGAAUGAGGCUUGGUUUAUCCGUAAGGAUAUGGAUUCGGCUUACAGUGGAUGGCAGGUGAUGGACGCAACCCCACUGGAGCAAAGUGAAGGAAUAUAUCGCUGUGGUCCUGCACCUCUUGUGGCUAUAAAGGAAGGGGACGUUCACCUCAAGUAUGAUGUAGCCUUCAUGUAUGCAUCGGUGAAUGCUGAUCUUACACACUGGAUCAGCUACAGUGAUGGCACAAAGAAAAGAAUUUCUAAUGAUACCAAAUAUAUUGGCAAAUACAUAAGCACAAAAGCAGUGGGGAGUGACAACCGGGUGGAUGUUACAAAUUCAUAUAAGUACCCAGAAGGUUCAUUGGAGGAAAGACAAGUGUUUGAGAAGGCAGUCAAAAAAUUGCUAGAAAGUCCAUAUCUGGAACUGGAGAAAAAACUACUUUAUUUUAGAAAAAUCGAAGAACAAAAACCCCGAAGGGGCAAUAUCUUAUCUGGGAUGUUUAGUCUACCUCAAGUCCCCAGCCUUGGCCAAGACAUAAACCUAAUAUUGAGCUUACAGAACCUGAGUGCUGACAGUAUUCGAGUGGUUGUGAACAUGACCGCCUCCAGCAUUCUGUACACCGGGAGACACAAGUACGAGAUCUGGGCCGAUGCAAAGGUGGCCCCUCUAGGUCCAAAUGAAGGUAAACACAUCUCGAUCCCCCUGAAGUACCCUCAAUAUAAAAAGUACAUGGGAGAAGAUAAUCUAAUCCGCAUGACAGGUCUGUGUGAGGUAGAAGGGAAAGAGGAACGCAUCUUGGUGGAGAAGGAUAUCAUCUUGGUAAAGCCGCCGAUAACCAUCAAGUGUGCGGAUACGGGGGCAAUGAACUCUGCGUUCCAAGCUGAAGUUGUCAUCACCAACACUUUAUCUGAGACAAUGGACUCUUGUAUCUUGUCAGUUGAAGGGGGUGGACUCAUUGAUGGAUCUAUCCAGAAAAACUUACCACCACUAGAGCCCGGAGAAAAAACUGAGGUUAACUUUUCAAUCACCCCUUUCAAGAGCGGCAAUAAAACACUCAUCGCCAUCUUCUCCUGUGAUAAGAUAAAGAACAUUAAAAGCUAUCACAACAUUACAGUGGCCCCCUGACUCCAUGACGCCUAUCCGAACUCCAUGCAUUUGUGACUGCCUGCACCAUGACUAGUGUGUUAUCAAGAAGACCUGAAGAUGUCCUCUCCUUGUGGUUGUAGAUCAAUGGUCUCCAAAUGGCGGCCCUCCAGAUGUUGAAAAACUACAACUCCCAGCAUGCCCGGACAGCCGUUGGCUGUCCAGGCAUGCCGGGAGUUGUAGUUUUGAAACAUCUGGAGGCUCACCGUUUGGAGACCACUCUACUAGAUCACUGUGGUCUCCACCAUUAAUACUUAGUGGAUUCAUUCUCAUUGAUUUUUAUCAAACUUCUACCUCUUUAGCGCUGUAGAUCAAUCAUUUAAUAGUGAAGUGUGAUUUUUUUACUCUAGCGCCGCAUGUGUAUAAAUAAAUGUCGAUAAAUAAAUAGUUCU